AUGUCUGACCAUACAGUCCGUCUCAAGAGCACCCCAGUCAAACCGACGAAACCACCUCCCGUCAAUAGGAAGGAAAUGUCUGCGUUGCACCUUCCACCCGACUCUCUCAUUCCCAACACCGAGUUCUGUCGAACUUGGCUCAACGUGCACGACGCGAUCAAGCACCUCGUCGUCGAUGAGGAGUUGAAAACACUUGCCGAGGCCGUCCAGAAAAGCAAAGAAACUUGCUAUAAGAAGGUAGAAAUCCUGCUCAACUACGCUAGUGGUUUGAUUCACAAUGAACUUUGCCCCUCCUUGGAAUUCAUCGUGUUCGUCGACAACCACUCAUUUGUCCCGACGAACCAUCCGAACGAAAUCAAGGGUGGUGCUCCAGACUCUGUCGGCAUACUCGAGAGCGUCCUCAAGAAACUUCAGGAGGACGAACGCAAUCGAAUUCCCUGCCAUCUCACCUUGACAGCGGUCGAGGAGAAGACAGCUGUCGACGCGAAGGUUGGUCCGGCACAGUGCGGCGCCUAUCUUGGAUACGCCAAUCAGGCCCGGCCCGACAUGGUGGGCAUGUACGGCCUCUCCGUCUCGCCUCGAAGUUUCCAGAUCCAGUACAGCUGCGCCGCUGGGCUUGCUACGUCAGAAGAGUUCAACUGGACUGCACAACUCGGUGGCAUUUUGGCGUAUGUAUGCACGCUGUACCUUCCCCGCACCGACUUCGCGCCGAGAGAUACUACGAUCUCGCUCGCUACUGGUCGUGACAUCCUCGGGCCUCCCCUCUGGGACAUCGAUGUCGGCGACAAGGUUUAUCGCAACUGCAAAGUCCAAUUUGUCGGGCAACCAUGGACGAGAAUGACAUGGGUUGUGAAAGCGGAAACCGACAACGAGGAAGGCCCUAUUAUGAUCAAAGACUCGUACCGUGACGUGCGGACCCGCUUCAAGGAAGGGGACAUGUACGAGAUUCUUCACAAGGAAGGUUCUGCACCUGGAUUUGCCGCUGUCGAUCGCGAAUACGAAGUCAAGUACACAGAUACCCCCAUCACAGUCUCUAUGAAGGAAUGCACGCGGAUCAAGACGAGGUUGAUCAUGAAGACAAGUGGGUUGGCUCUGAACCACUGCAAGAAUAUUGUCGAUUUCUUCAAAGGAAUGUACGACAUCCUUGAGGCCCAUCGUUGGAUGGUUACGGAACGCAAGUUGCUUCAUCGUGACAUCAGUCAUGGCAAUAUCGUCGUCGAAGCUAAGGAUUCUCCCCAAAUACCGAAGUUCACGGGGAAGCCACCGAUAUUCAUCAACGAAGUUCUCCGCGGCGAACCCGCACCACCUAUGGCUCGAUUACUGGACAUGGACAACUGUGCCAGACUCGAUACAAUGGCAGGGGAGACGAAAACAGUUGUAGAUGCAACCGACCAGCCAUUAAGAUACCGCACUGGUACACCAAAAUUUAUCGCUCGAUCCGUUGCUAUUGGAGAAAUCCUGGUUGAAUGUGGGGUCCUGCCUAUGCCGACGUUACAGUCAGAUAUCGCAGAGAAGUACAAACGAGCUUAUCACGAAGACAUCUCUAAGUUGCGGUCCUUCUCCGACGCCAAUGGGUCUUCGCACGGUGGGUAUCCGGACGCGGCGCGCAUAGCCCUUAUCCAGACAGAUCCCGACUUCGGCGCUGACAUGUUCGAACAUCAACCCUUCCACGAUGCGGAGUCCGUAUAUUGGUGCAUCGCCGCUUUUGUCCUCCUUGCGAAACCGCUGAACAGCGACGUGGACGAAAACAACGAUGCCUUCAACGAGAUGUGGACGUGCCUCGCGGAGCACGAGGUCGGGAACGAUAACGACAAGCGGCUCCCUCUUAUUCAUCGCUGCAAGUGGAAGCACUGGUUGCAUAGGGAUCUUUCGUUUAUUGCCGACCUAAUGGUUGCGCUCAGCUUCCAAGUCCGACCUGAAUGGACACUUGUGACGCCGGGGCCGGAUCCUCUCCACCUCCACGAAGCAAUGCAACGGUUAAUUCUGCAAUACGUCCAUGAUUGGGAGAAGAACCGAAUCAACGUCGAACUCGACACCGUCUACUCCCGAGCUUUCACGCCCGUCGAGCGAAAACCCAUGGCGCAGGUGUGCAAACACCCCCUCAAGGGCCAGGUCAUCACCUCGAGCACCCUUGGCAAGCGAGGGUCCAAGACUGGGCGCGCGCAAUCAGGCUCGAAGCGAUUGCGCAAGACCGGCGACGAUGAACCUCUAGGUGCGGACUUGGCUGAGUUACAACAAGCCUGGGUUGACUCGCAGUCUGUGCCUGUGGCCGCUGAGCUUUUAUAA